CGCUUCCCUCGACUAUUUUUUGACCAUGAAGUUAACGACUGGAUCCAAUGACCCCAAAAUUUGAAAUGUCUGGCCUUCAUCGAUUCGAACUUAUGACCUCUUGGAAAAAUUAGUUUGCAUUCAUUUGCUAUCAAAUCUCUUUAUUCGUUUCAUUUCAUAUCAUUUUAAUUUCCUGUGCCAACUGCCAAAACAAAUGGGAUUAGCUUGAAUAUUGAAGGAGCUACAAGUGAAGUGAAUCUUGUUAGAGCAUCUCCAGUCCUUGCUCGGAAUUUAUGUGCCAAGAGACAAAUUUGAGUAAAAAGUACCAUUUCAUAUAAGUCACCUCAAUGAGCAAACUCUAAUUUAAGUGAUAUUGUCAUGUGUCUAACUUUUGAGUUGAGUGAAUCAUAUCAUAGCAGUAAAGAAUUUUGUAAACGAGGACAAGUGCGUUGUUUGUAAGGCUUCUCCAACUUUCCUUUCUAACACAGUUCUACUUUGAUAUGCGACUAUUGAAAUGGUACCAUGUACGUAUUCGCCAUGGUCUCAUAUCAGUUGCAUAGGUAUAUGGAUAGUACGGUUAUUCAAUAAGUUUUGGGCGUUGAUUACAGAGACUGAUGUGGCUUCAUCUAACGAUACACAGAGCCCCACGUGGCCGACUCCCAAAUGAGUACAAGGUUCCUGUUGGAGAACGGAUUGAAGAUUUUAAUCCAAUCAUUAAUACCAUGGCUUUGGUAGCUACACUAAUUGCCACUGUCACUUUCGCCGCUGCAUUCACGAUGCCAGGCGGGCACGACACCAGUCCCGGCAAUUUGGGUGUUGCGAAUCUCACAAAGAAGGCUGCGCUAAGGGCAUUCAUUCUGUCGGAUACCGUUGCUAUGUCCUUCUCCAUCGUUGCGGUGUUAGCACUUGCCCUGGCAGUAUAUUUUGAACAAGAAAUGCAAAGGAGAAUUUGCUUAAUAAGUUGGGCAUUGAUCAACUUGGCGAUGCGUGGAAGUCUGGUGGCUUUUAUGAGCGGUUUAUUUGUAGUAAUAGCACCUAAGGCCUUAUGGGAAGCCAUCUCAGUAUGUAUCAUUGUUGGAACUUGGGCCAGCCAAGGUAUGCUUAUUGGUGGGGGAAUAAUAUUGAGUUUGAUUACGGAGUUAGAAGUUGGAUAA